AUGUACAACCACUACACGACGCCUUCCAUCACACAGUCCACCGACACCACCACCACACAUCUCACUCCAUCACACAGUACACAAUGCACCACCAUUUCACGACAUCCCACCAUCACACAGUCCACCGACACCACCACUACACGACAUCCCGCCAUCACACAGCCACCGACACCAACACUACUCGACAUCCCGCCAUCACACAGACAUCCCACCAUCACACAGUCCACCGACACCACUACAGGACAUCCCGUCACACAGUACACCGACACCAUUAAUACAGAACAUCCCACCAUCACACAGUCCACUGACACACCGAUACAUGACAUCCCAUUGCCAUCACACAGUCCACCGACACCACUGCUACACAUCCCACCAUCACACAGUCCACCGACACCACUGCUACAGGACAUCCCACCAUCACACAGUCCACCGACACCACUGCUACAGGACAUCCCGCCAUCACACAGUCCACCGACACCACCACUACAUGACAUUCCGCCAUCACACAGUCCACCAACAUCACCACUACAGGACAUCCCACCAUCACACAGUCCACCGACACCACCACUACAUGACAUUCCGCCAUCACACAGUCCACCAACAUCACCACUACAGGACAUUCCGCCAUCACACAGUCCACCGACACCAUUAAUACAGAACAUUCCGCCAUCACACAGUCCACCAACAUCACCACUACAGGACAUCCCACCAUCACACAGUCCACCGACACCUCCACUACAGGACACCCCGCCAUCACACAUUAAACCAACACCACCACUUCAAGACAUCCCACCAUCACACAGUCCACCGACACCACCACUACAGGACAUCCCGCCAUCACACAGUAAAACAACUCCAACACUACAUGACAUCCCACCAUCACACAGUCCACCGACACCAUUAAUACAGGACAUUCCGCCAUAA